AUGUCCGAACCAGAGCAGAACGGUAAUCCCAUUGCAAGGCCAGUGUCCACUCAAAUCACCACCGACGCGACAACAACCCAAGCUCCAAAAGAUCAAUCAAACCAGACCGUACUGGUCCACAAGACACCAAUGACAGUCACAGAAAUCCUAUCCACAGCAAGCCACAUUUUCUCUCCCCAAGAAGCCCAAGCCCUGCGAGAAAACCCUUCCGGUUUCCAGAUCACCGAGCACGGAAGUAAUCUCCUAACAGCCGCCUGCAUUCAUAACCAGAACCUGCAAGGCACAAAGCAAAAUGCCGGCCAGGCACAAGUCCCGUAUUUGCCUGGGGAGGUUCAAGCCAUUAACCGACAGUACGAGGCAGACCUUGCAGACGCUCUCGGUGACCGGGAGGAAGACAGUAACCACGGCAGUGCAGAAGACAUUAUUCAUCAAGAAGCCUCCUCAAGUGCUUUCAAUAUCCCAGUCGACGAGCCCAUCCCAAGCCGAGAAACGUACCCCAUGCCGGAGGAAACUAAUUUCAUCCCAAAGGCCUAUUCCAUCCCAGAGACCCGCGCCGGAAAACCAGACUACAAAAAGAUGAAAAACAUCUGCGAUUCCGAAGGCUGGUAUGGUGAUCUCCAUUACCUAGAAGAUUCUGACAAACCUCUCGGAAGUAUGGACACUGCGUGUCCAAAUUGUAGGCAAGUGCAAAAAAAAUACACCGAUUUCUGGCCUGGGUGUGAGCUGGUGAAGCAUUUUCAAGGGUGGUCGGAUGAUAUGUACCGUCGUUGAAGCGGCGACAUCACGGGGAACAGACUAAAGGUACGAAGAUAACCAGGAAUGGAGGAAGAGGGCCUGGUCCGCAGAUGCUGUCCAUAA